CAGAAGAGCGGCAACGCUGUAAACUGUCUGAAUAAUUGCCUGUCGACUUUUUCUGUCGACAACGAAAACAGCAUUUUGUACACUAUAUUUUCUCAAAAGCAAAGUAACCGUGACAAUAAAAUGAUACCGAAAACGAUGAAGUGAUGGGUGAAAAGUUUUUUCUUUUUUCUUUUCUUCUUUGUUUGCCUCUGGCGAAAGCUGGAUUGAAUUUUUUCAUCAGUCAACAGGAAUCUUUUAGAGUCUUGGGCCUUGUGGCGGAGUUAGCUUACGUCAGAGAUGGAAGCAUUAAUGAUGUCGCACAACAUUUUGUGGUACCUGUACCAUCCCACAUACAAGAACUCUGUUUUGUGUGGGUGAAUGCAGAUUCCAAAGCAGUUAAAUACUCCAUUUUUACAAAGGAUAAUAGUAUGCAAUCAGUCAACCAUGUUUCCUUAAACAUUUCAAACCAAGGUGUGGUGCCAAGGGAACCCCAGAUAUUUUGCUUACUUUUGCCUUGUACCACCAUUUUGCCUUCCAAGCUAGAGGUUUCCAUGAAGAUCAAUUUUACUUCUUUUAACAAUGUGACAGUGUUGAAUGUUGUAAUGAAAAAAGAUUGCUCAUCAGAAUUCAGAAAUGCUGAGCAAGAUGUUCUGUCCAAAGUGAUUCCAGCAGAGGAUUCCUCAUUUAUGCUGUAUGUUGCUGUGGGAGUAGCUUUUGGAAUCCUUGUAGUGUCACUGGCAGCAGCCUCUUGUUUUCUUUGUCCCAAACAUAACCUGUGUCAUCAGCAACCACCAAGAACAAUUGUGCCCAGUGGCACAGCUUUAUACUCCCCUGUUCAAGCCACGUGCAAUGAAGAUCUCGGGGCAGCAACGCUAUGUGUCAGUGAUCCAGCUGCACAUCAAAUUGUUGUUGAAGACAAAACAUCUUUCCGGCUUCAACGAAACAAUAUUCACAUUGGAAGUACCCUGUUAGAGGGCACAUUUGGUUCAAUUUUUCACGCGACUUUACAGAUUCCUUGCCAGCCUCUGAAGGACGUCAUAGUCAAGACAGUCAAACAUAAUGCUGCUGAGAUGCAAGUCAGGCUCAUGAUGGAAGAAGGAACAAGGUUCCAGGAUCUGGUUCAUCAGAAUAUUUACCCGCUGAUAGGCAUUGUCGAUGGAGAUGGAUGUCGACCACUUCUAGUUUAUCCAUCAGUAACUUAUGGAAAUCUGAAACGAUGGUUAUUGUACUGUCGGGGAUCUCUGGAUGGUAGUCUACCGCAUCCCCUGUGUACUCAAGACUUGGUGACCAUCGCAUUACAUGUUUUGCGUGGUGUACAAUACCUUCACCAACAAAAUAUUAUCCACAGGGAUCUGGCGACAAGAAACUGCGUAAUUGAUGACCAGUUUCACGUCAAACUAACGGACAUGGCAUUAUCUCGCGACUUCUUUCCUAAUGAUUACCACUGCUUGGGCGACAAUGAGAAUCGGCCAAUAAAAUGGAUGGCAAUGGAAUCACUUACUCGGAGAGAGUUCUCCACUUCUUCUGAUAUUUGGUCGUUUGGUGUUGUUCUUUGGGAAGUCACGACGUUGGCUCAGCAACCAUAUGUUGAAAUUGAUCCUUUUGAAGUCGGCCGAGUCCUACGUGAUGGUUAUAGACUUACUCAGCCAAUCAACUGUCCGGAUGAACUGUAUGCAAUCAUGGCAUAUUGCUGGGCCUCAUCCAAAAGCGACCGCCCAACGGCACCUCAGCUAUAUCGUGAACUGCAUCAGUUUCAUCAUCAGCUCAACGAAUAUAUAUAAUUCCACAAUACCUUUUGAACGCGACCCUGGUUAAGCGCAUAACGGUUUUAACUUUCAGUCAACUUAUACUACCUUGCCUUCUGACAUACUCGCUUACGCAUAGCACAAUUUUUUCCCCAAAAUAAACAUAAAAUUUUUUUUUAUUUA